AUGUAUGAACCAGAUCCUGAUGUUGUUCGGUGGGGCCUUCACCUUAUAGAUGUAUGCUCUCUUACAAAUUGUGGUUCUCUUGGAACUGUUACUUGUUAUGACAAAGACUCGUCUCAAAUUGAGUCUGUGAAGGUGGGUUAUUGGGACACGGCACACUCUAUUUUGGAGAGCGACGAAGUAAUUGCUCAUGCUCUUCAGGAAGAAUUAUCUAGUCUUGCAGCUUUAGAGGCAUCGGAAUCUGAAUAUGCUGGAGAACAACAACAGCAAGCGUCUAUUCUUGCUCAAACUUGGCUUGAUCCUUCAAGAAGGAACUUCGGUUCUGAAUCUCAAAGUAAUCAUGAAGCAUAUGAAAUGGGAACAGUUUCGUGUAACCUUGGUGAAUUAUCAAUUGAGUGUGAGAACCAAACAGUCUUACCUGAGAUAGAAGCUGAAUCUGCUCUUUAUGGUGAAAUGGGCAGAAGACUUAAUCAGAUGGUUCCGGUUCCUCAUGUUCCUAAAAUUAAUGGAGAAAUACCAUCUGUUGAUGAAGUUUCAUCAGAUCAUCAAAGGCUGCUUGACAGAUUGCAGUUGUAUGACCUGGUGGAGCUAAAAAUUUCCGGAGAUGGUAAUUGUCAGUUUCGUUCACUUUCAGAUCAAAUAUAUCGUACUCAAGAGCAUCACGAAUUUGUGAGAGAACAAGUUGUCAACCAGUUGAAGUCACAUCGAGAACUGUAUGAAAAUUAUGUUCCCAUGGCUUAUGUUGGCUAUUUGCAGAAAAUAAAGAAGACAGGGGAGUGGGGUGAUCAUGUCACGUUGCAGGCUGCUGCAGAUUCAUAUGGUGUCAAGAUCUUUGUCAUUACGUCAUUCAAGGAUACGUGCUAUAUCGAGAUUCUUCCACAUACUAAGAAGUCAAACAGAAUUAUAUUCUUGAGCUUCUGGGCUGAAGUGCACUAUAAUUCAAUCUAUCCAUUAGGAGAAUUGCCCGAGGUGGGGUUGAAGAAAAAGAAGAAGUGGUGGCACCCAUGA